GCCCUCCCCCCUCUCUGCUCAGUGUGCGGGCUGAGCUUUGAUGAAGGACCACAUGACGGGGCACAACAAGGAGAAGCGUUAUGAGUGUGACGUGUGUGGCAAGCCCUGGCAGAACUUGAGCGAGCUGGAGGCCCACCGGCAGGUGCACACAGGAGAACGCCCCUUCGACUGCUCGGAGUGCGGCAAGAGCUUCAAGAUGAUGAAACACCUGAAGAUCCACUGGCGGGUUCACACAGGCGAGAAGCCCUAUGGCUGCUCCACCUGUGGCAAGAGCUUUGCCGACUCGUCGGGGCUGCAGGUGCACCAGCGGGUACACAGCAUUGACCGGCCCUUCACCUGCUCCAACUGUGGCAAACGCUACAAGUCAUCAUCGAACCUGAAGCGCCACAGGCGCAUGCACACCGGGGAGUGGCCCUACACCUGCAGCGACUGCGGCAAGCGUUUCAAGAUGAUGAAACACCUGAAGAUCCACUGUCGGGUUCACACAGGCGAGAAGCCCUAUGGCUGCUCCACCUGUGGCAAGAGCUUUUCCGACUCGACAGGGCUGCAGGGGCACCAGCGGGUGCACAGCAGUGAGCGGCCCUUCGCCUGCUCCGACUGUGGCAAAUGCUACAAGUCGUCAUCUAACCUGAAGAGCCACAGGCGCAUGCACACCGGGGAGUGGCCCUACACCUGCAGCGUCUGCGGCAAGGGCUUCAAAAUGGUGAAACAUCUGAAGAUCCACUGGCAUGUGCACAUGAGCGAGAAGCCCUAUGGCUGUUCCACCUGCGGCAAGACCUUUAUCCAGUCGUCGGGGCUGCAGGUGCACCGGCGGGUGCACAGCGGUGAGCGGCCCUUUACCUGCUCCGACUGUGGCAAAGGCUUCAAGUCGUCGUCGAACCUGAAGAGGCACAGACGCAUGCACACCGGGGAGCGGCCCUACACCUGCAGCGUAUGCGGUAAGGGCUUCACCCAGUCCAACAGCCUGCUGGUGCACCAGCGCACCCACGCCAGCGAGCGCCCCUACACCUGCAGCCACUGCGGUAAGGGUUUCACCCGCUCCACCAGCCUGCUCUCGCACCAGUGGUGCACACCAGCGACCAUCCCUUCCCCAAGUUGUCCACAGAGCUGAAGAGGCACAGGCCACUGCACACCGGGGAGCGGCCCUACACCUGCAGCGACUGCGGCAAGGGCUUCACCUGGUACAGCAGCCUGCUGGUGCACCAGCGCACCCACACCGGCGAGCGCCCCUUCACCU